UCUUACGCUACGCGCCAAGUUCUGACUUCUGUGUUUUCAGUCAACCAGUACGUGUUGAAGUGAACGCGGGAAAACACUGCAUGUGCUUCUGUGACCGAGUGUGGUACAAAGUUUGGGCUUAUGUUACAGUUCUUUUUAAGGUAACACCGUAAGCAAUGUCUCCUCCAAAUGGUGCUCCUCCGGGCAACUCCGAAAACGAAUAUCUCCCGGUACCCACAUCGUCUCAGAUUGACACUAAAGACCUCGAGGAAAAGCAACCCUUGAAUGACGUAGUCCAAGAAGAUGAAGCCGAGGUUGUCGUCCCGCCAGAUGGUGGGUGGGGUUGGGUGGUGGUGUUUGCAUCGUUCAUGUGCAAUAUGAUCGUCGAUGGUAUCAUCUUUUCCUUUGGUAGCUUCCUAGAACCCAUCUCCCAAGAGUUUAACGUUACUAAAGCCUAUGUAGCGUUGGUGGGGUCCCUUAUGUCCGGGUUUUAUCUUAUCGCCGGACCCUUCGCAAGUGCCGUAGCGAACAGAUAUGGGUUCCGACUCGUCGCGAUAGGAGGGAGUGUUUUGGCAGCUCUGGCAUUUGCCUUGGCCAAUUUUGCCAUGAAUGUGGAAUAUUUGUGCGUCGUUUUCGGCGUUUUGGGAGGGGUCGGCUUUGGGUUCAUAUAUGUUCCAUCAAUCAUCACUGUGGGUUUUUACUUCGAAAAAUGGCGUGCUUUGGCCACUGGAAUUGGAGUGUGUGGUUCCGGUUUUGGGACCUUCUUGUUUGCACCUAUGACAGCAUGGCUCAUCGAAAACUUAGGUUGGAGGACGGCGCUUUUAUGCCAGGGCGCGAUAGUGUUCUCAUCUGUCGUUUUUGGGUUACUUUAUAGACCGCUCAAACCUACCAAAGUCCAAAACAUCAAAGAAAAAGAUGACGAUGCGACGGAAUUGAAAAUGGACCCGGAAAAGCUCCCUCCACUCACUAAAAUGAAGAUGGAAAAAGCUUUAGAAGCAAUGAAGAGUGAAUCUUGCCAUGCCAGUCAAGGGUCGUUAAAUCGGGUACUCGGUGCUAACAACGCCAGUUAUCCUCGUGUCUCGGAUGUUUACCACACAAUUAGUAUUCCUCAACAAAGAGUAUUAGACAUGUCAUGUUACGAAAAAAGGCUCAGUGUUCCAUUUUUCACUAAUGAAGAUAGCGUGAAAGAUGUGGAAGGAAAAGAACUUUUGCUAGAAAAACAAAGUGCCAAUGCUACUAUAGUUCCUACGGGUGAACGAAGAGAUUCUACUGCCGAACAAGAAGUGAAUAGGCCAAUGUACAGAGACGAUAUCUUCUUUAGUGCUAGUUUAACUCGUUUACCCCAAUAUACCUCUCGCACGUCUAUAGCUUACAAUUUAUCAGUCACGAGGUUACCCACUAAGAACGAUAUUGAUGAAGAAAAGAAACGCUCUUGCAAACUCUGUCCGGAAGCCGUGAAACGCACGUUAGCUACAAUGCUGGACUACAGUCUGCUGAAAUCUCCCACUUUUCUUCUUCUGGCUGUUGGUGGUUUCUUCACGAUGAUGGGAUUUUACGUACCUUUUAUGUAUUUGGUGAACCGUGCCAAAGAUGCCGGUAUGAUCGAAGAGUACUUCGGGUUUCUCAUAUCCGCUAUAGGUAUUGCCAACACUAUUGGAAGGGUUCUGUGCGGUGUUCUUAGUUCCUUCCCCGGAGUGAACGCCCUCUUCGUAACUAACGCUGCUCUCACGAUCGGCGGGAUUGCCACGAUAUUUAGUGGAUUUUCCAUGACACCGGAAUACCAGUUUUUCUAUACCGCGGUGUUUGGAUUGUCGAUUUCCACUUUUGCAUCUUUGAGAUCGAUAGUAGUUGUGGAUCUUCUGGGUCUGGAAAAGCUGACCAACGCCUUUGGUCUUCUUCUUCUUUUCCAAGGUGUGGCUGCGAUUUUCGGGGCACCUUUAGCUGGAGCCUUUAACGAAGCCGUUGGAGAUUAUAAUGCGUCUUUUUAUUUUUCGGGAGGACUUCUGUUACUGUCGGCUGUAAUGUGCUAUCCGUUAAAUUAUAUCAACAGGAUCGAAAUGGCAAAACGAAACAACGUCGAUAACAAAUCAGUACCAGUUUAAUGAUUAUUUAUAAGCAAUAGUUUUGCAUAAUUCAUAAUUUUCCACGUUCCUAUUUAAAUUGGUACUACGUCACGGUAUCUACGUAUCAAGUUUUUGCCAUUUGGAUAUAAAAUACUCGAAUAUGAUACGCUUCACAGAUUUUUGUGUACUUUUGUUACAUAUAAUGACAGGGUUCAUUCGUAUUGAAGACUGAUAGUUUUAAGACGUGUAAAUAUUUAAAGCGGUAGUUUUAAUAUUUAAUAAUGGAAAAUUGUGGAAUUUGUAUAAUUGGUCAAGAAUUUAUAAUUGCGGAACAAUUAUUUAUAACACUUUCUUGUUGGACAUUCCAAUUGUGUAUUGUUAUUAUGAUCGAUUUUCCUACUCUAACUUAUUAUAUUCAUAGCUGUAGACCAAAUUUUUAGACAGAUAAGACAAAUAACUUUAUAAUGAAUUUGUUGACACAAAAAUACAUAG